GAACAUUAUCUUUAUCGAACGGAACAAUUAAAAAAAUAGGAAAUGUAGUCCACCAUUUUUCUCCUCUUCACAUUAUAUUCCUUUACAAUAAAAAACUCAUUUUCCUCUAAUUUACCAACCCAAGUAUCACCCCUUUUCAUUUCUCUCCAUUAAAACAUAUGUACCUAUGUUUUAUGUUUCUUGAAAUUCUCAAAAUCCAAGGAAAAAUUGUUUUUUCGUGAAGACUUAAUUUUUGGUUGAUAAUUUUUUUAUCUUUUUCUUAAAGAUUGUUUGUCUGAUGGGUAAUUGUUUUGUUUCAUCAGCUAGAGUUGAUGCUAGUCUCAGCUCAUGUAACAUUUCUGCUUCUGAAGCAUCCAGGAUUCCCAGCAGAAAAAGCAAUUCUUCUGUUCUAUCAAGUCUAAGUAUUCCAUCUUAUAGUCGGAAAAGCAGUGUUGAUACCCUUUCUACUCCGAGAUCCGAAGGCGAAAUUUUGUUUUCUCCCAACGUUAAGUCCUUCUCAUUUAACGAAUUGAAAAGUGCGACAAGGAACUUUAGGCCUGACAGUCUUCUUGGCGAAGGAGGAUUUGGUUGUGUUUUUAAAGGAUGGAUUGAUGAACAUACCCUUAGUGCUGCAAAGCCUGGUUCUGGAAUGGUUAUUGCGGUCAAGAAAUUGAAGCCAGAGGGUUUUCAGGGUCACAAGGAGUGGGUGACUGAAGUUAAUUACCUCGGGCAACUUCGUCAUCCAAACCUGGUUAAACUCAUUGGGUAUUGUAUAGAGGGAGAUGACCGUCUAUUGGUUUAUGAGUUCAUGCCUAAAGGGAGCUUGGAGAACCAUUUAUUUAGAAGAGGGCCUCAGCCUUUGACUUGGUCAACAAGAAUUAAGGUGGCUAUUGGUGCUGCAAGAGGACUUGCUUUCCUACAUGAUGCUAAAGAACAAGUUAUAUAUCGGGAUUUUAAGGCUUCUAAUAUUCUCUUAGAUGGGGAAUUUAAUGCAAAGUUGUCUGAUUUUGGUUUGGCCAAGGCAGGCCCAACUGGUGAUCGCACUCACGUGUCCACUCAAGUGAUUGGUACACAGGGCUAUGCUGCUCCAGAAUAUGUUGCUACAGGUCGAUUGACAUCAAGAAGUGACGUAUACAGCUUUGGGGUUGUAUUGCUUGAACUAAUAUCAGGGCGUCGUGCGCUCGAUAAAACAAAAGUUGGUGUCGAGCAGAAUCUUGUGGAUUGGGCAAAGCCAUAUCUAGGGGACAAAAGGAGAUUGUUUCGAAUUAUGGACACUAAACUAGAGGGCCAGUAUCCUCAGAAAGGAGCAUAUACAGCUGCUAACCUUGCUUGGCAGUGUCUAAGCAACGAGCCUAAGCUAAGGCCGCGUAUGUCUCAAGUUUUGGCUGAUCUUGAAGAGCUUCAAGCAUCGAAAGGUGCUAACAGAGGAUCUCGGAUUGAGCAUCGAGCCACUUCCAGCUCUGUUCCAGUUUCUCCAUUUAGACAUCGUUCAUCACUCAGCAUGACACCCUCUGCCUCUCCGUUACAGGCCUAUCAUAAGUCUCCACGCGGAAGGUGACUCCAAGAAAACAAACUUAUAUUUGGCUUGUCACUGUAAAGUUUUCCUUUAUGUAGCAAAUUUUGUUAUCUAGUUUUCAUGUAAAAUCUUGGAUUCAAUGAAUCAUAACUGAACCUACUGAUUAAUAGAGUUAGCUCUUCUGCUCUUUGGCUGCAA